GAUACAUAGUGGAUAACGGAUCGCAGAAACAGGAAAUAAGCUGAAGCCGCAGAAGAAAAAGUGUUACUGUUGCCUCAUCAAAGUGAGAAAAAAUAGAAAGUUUCACCUCAUAUCGUGUGAAAACCACCGGCAGUGAACAAAUUAAACGGACAACUCUUCAAGUGUAUCAGUAAUACACCGAACCGUACUUGCCAGUGUCUGCAAAGUUUGGAAAAAUCACUUUCGAGUGCAUUUUGCGCAACCGGAACAUCAAAAAAGAGGUUAAAAAAUAUAGUAAUACAAAGACGCAAAACCUGAUAAACUGAGCCUACGGCUAAACGUGAGAGUGUAUUGACGAAAAAUUAUUGAUUUUUUCGUGUAUAACUGAAUUGAAGGAAUUGCAUACGUGACAAGCCGCACGAAGAAUAGAUUGCAAAGUACAACGAAAUAGUGAAAUAUUAUCGUGGAACAUAAAACAACGACAAGAUGGCUUUUAUGAUGCCAGUGAUGAAAAACGAGUUCGAUAUAUACAAGGGUCGCCAGCGGCGUGUGUCGGAGUGUUCAAACCAAAGUUCAUGUCACUCGCGUAAAGUUUCUGAGAGCUCCCGUUCCGACUGCCCUAGUUUGUCAACUUCACCGGGUAGCGAGUUCACGGCUGGAUCACCUGCCCGCCACCGCAGUCAUCCGAUGUACAUGUCUCAUUUGGCUUCAAAACCGCAGUUUUCACGGAACUCUUCGCGCACUUCUCAAAGUUCGUUGAUAACUAGCCCGACAAAGGCUAGUACCGCCAGCAGCCCACCGAAGCCGUCAGCCGGUAGCCAGAGCAGUUUGAACAAAUUUCACUCGCGGCUGGUGGACAAAUUGCGUAAGUCGUUACGGAUGAGUAAAUCUUCCGAUGGGCGUUCAUGAGAAGACCAACCACCAUCAAAUAUCGAACCUCCGGACGCCGAAACGGAUCUACAAAACGACGAGGAACCGGCAGAUGACGGGGAGCUGGUGCUAUCGGAUAGUGUGCUACACAUCACAUCCAAACCACCACUUCCCCACCGUUCCAGUACACCGCUACGCAUAAGCCGAAGCGGUGACAGAGGACGGAACCGAUCCAGGCGUGGCACUCUCAGUGCUCCGAGCCUUGGCGUUUGUUUGAAAAUUGAUCGUACAACUACUAUAGCCGUUACAACUAUCCGAUUGCUGCGUCCUUCGAUAACCGGCAGAUGUCCCACUACUAGAGACUAUUACUUUCCCAUCAUCGUCAUUUCUCGUUACAUUCUAGUAUUAGAGUACAGUGAACAAAAUGUUGAACGCAAAAUCAAACCAAUGGAACAAGAAAUAUCACGUGAAAUGAAGCUUUAUAAUUAAUUGAAGACUGCUGCUUAGAUUUUAACAUUUUAUUUGUCGUAGAAAAUAGAAAAUUCAAAAGUUACUAUUAUGUAUUUUGAUUGUGUAUAUUUUCUUAGGUUUAAUUAUAGUGAUUUUCGUUUGAGAGAAAUUCCAACUUUUCAUAAAGCACAUGUUGCUUCCACCUACUCGCACGUUAUCUGCGCGAAUAUACAUACAUAUGGGUCAAAAUGAAAGGCAAAAGGAGUACCGGCUGCUGAUUUCCUAUCACACAUUUAGCAAACCUUAUAGAAAACAUUCCAUUUUGCCAAAACGGAAAUGAAUUAGAAAAAAAAACUCAGAAGAAAAUUGAUUAGCAAAUUUUGAAUCGGGACUAUAUUUCUAUUUGCAGAGGUUCAUCCUGUCUGGAUGUUUCUCUUUUACGAGAAAAAAACAAUAGGUGAUGUAGGUUCUGUCUUGUUAAUUAGUUUAACGGAUAACUUAUUUCAUUUGUUUUUAUAUGUGUUUGAAGUUUGCAAUAGUGUUAAGCAGAAUAUUUUAUAUAUUUUGUACCGAUUUAUAAAACAUACUUGACUUACAACUGUAACUAUAUUAUCGACUAGCAAGUAAGAAAUAUACUGCAAUAAAGAUAAAACAACCAUAA